UCAGACAACAUGAAUCUCACCGCCGUGCUCUGUCUCGUGGCUUUGUUACCACUGCAAGGGGAUUUUCAAGAGGUUCACACUGAAAGUGUCACUGUGGAGGAGGGGCAGGAUUUAAGCCUACAGUGUGAUUUCACCGGAGACCACGAAUCUGCCUUGGAGUGGUCAAACCCUCGGGGGUUUGUUAUUUUUCUAAAAAGCCACCGAGGUUUAAAAGAUCAGAGAUACAAGCUUAUCCACUAUUCAAAAAAUAAAUUAUCGAUCAGCCUCUCUAAUGUCACAGUACAGGAUGAAGGCACAUACACAUGCUUCUACUAUGACACACCAGUCAAAACCAAGAAAGUGAAUGUUACUGUCUUAGCUGCUCCCUCCAAGCCACAGUUGGAAGUAUCAGAUAUUAGAACCAAUGGCAAAGAAGAAAAGGUUGUACUGAGCUGCUUCACCCAGGGAAGUAAGCCCCCUCCUCAGAUUACAUGGCUGCUAAAUAAUGGGCUGGAAGUCUAUGGUGACAUCAAACACCAGUUUGAACACGAUGGAAAGAAAUGCAACACAAGCAGCAGUCUCGUAGUCCAUGCAUACAACCGAGAUUCAACAGCCAGUUGUGUCAUUCGUCAUGAAACCCUACGAGGAGAAAGACUGACUGUAUCUUUCCAGUUUGAAAAUUUCAGUACUACUACAGGCUCAGCUCCAAAUGUGUUAGAAAUAAGCACGAGGACCUCUGAGCAUCCUCAGGAUUAUAUGGAAUCCACAGAAGCUACCCCGCAGUCUAUAAUACAGACAUCACCUGGGAGCAUAUCUCUAGCAACAAGUACCCAACAGGAAGUUUUUUCUUCUCAGACAACUGUUGGAUCCAGCCAACCAAACUUUCCUACCACUGUACCUGAGAAGCCAUCUAGUACCAGCUUACCAGCAAUAUCUACCCAGCAGAGGGAACUACCAGCCAACAUAACUAUUUGGUCAAAAGUAACACUAACAGUAAAUGUGGAAAAUUCUAGUACAGAAGCACCAGCAACAAGUAGUGAACCAGCCACUAAGAAUGCAAACAGCACCAUUGAGCCAGAAAGAACUUUGAACAUCACAGAAGAAACAUUUGUUACAGAUGUACCAGCAAUAAGCAGUGAACAAUCAACUCAAAACUCCAACAUCACCACUGGAUCUGAAACAACAUUAAAUGUGACUGUUGCAGAAGAAAUCUCUGGGACAAAAGAACCAUCAAUAAGCCAUGAAGAAACAACUCUGAAUUGUAAUGCCACCAUCAAUCUUAAUUCUGAAGGAAUCAGACGAAAGCAAACAGGUGUUUUGUUGCCAGUCCUGGUAGCGGUUCUCAUUUUUGUGAUGCUCAUCAUCGUCCUGCUCUUCAUGAGGAAGCUGCAAAAAGCACACGGAGUCUGGAAGAGAGAAAAUGACACUUCAGAGCAGACACUGGAGAGUUACAAAUCCAGGUCUAAUGAAGACAAUCAAGCCCCUGAGAAGAAUGGACAAGUUGCCAAUCAGAAGCCUACUAUGCAAUACGUAACUGAAGGAUAUGCAGGAACAAUAAAGUCGAAUUCAGAAGAAAGAUCUGUUUCAACAUUUGGGAAACAGCUGGCAUAUGGAAAAGAAACUGACGUGUAGAAGUCAGGAAGCGUUGGCAACAUUGUACUAUGUACAGAGUCAAUAUGGAGUGUUCUCAUAUUUAUAGUGUGACUAAUCUGAUGGUAUGUAAAACUGUCAAUCUGUGACGAAUCAACAUCACAGCAGGAUUUCAAACAGAGGAAGAAAUGCCUGAUAAAAUGGCUGGUCUCAAUCUGGAUUCUAGUUUGGAUCACCGUGUUAACAUUAAAAAGAGGUAGCUGGAAGAGAUGCUCAUGGGAAUCUAUUAGCAAUGCAUGCAUUGCUAUUAGCUAUUUAAUCAGCAGAUUUAAUUCAUGGGUCUCAAAUGGAUCAGACAUAUACCAGAGCAAGUCAUUUCAGCAGCGAGGGUCCUGAUAAUGGAAUGCACAACCAGCCAUCAUAAUACAAGAUACAAAAUUACUGAGAGGUUCAUGCAACAGUUCUGCAGCCUCCUGAGAUGGAUUGUCUACCGAUGAGACUGGGAGGCAGGAAUUUCUGAGAAAGCACUUACGGCUAAUAUUUUUGAACUUGGGUGCCCAAAGUUAGGCAUGUAAUGAUAUUUAACUUAAACCGAUAUUUAGUUAAUGAAAUAAAAACAUUGUGAUUUUA